CCUUUACUGAUCACGUGAUAUACAAUACACCCAGGGUCGUGUCUAUGUCGACUUCCUUGUUUACCACACACCGGGAUCAGAGGUAGGAUACAUGUGGAGCGCUACGAAACCAUCGCCUUUUAAACGUAAUGGCUGAAGGUGGAACCUCUCACGAAGUACCCGACAGUCCCGCACCUCCAAGGGAAGCCCGACUGUUAGAUUGUCCAAUUUGUCUGGAGCAGCUGCACGAACCAAAGUCCCUCCCGUGUCUUCAUUCCUUCUGUCAGGAAUGUCUGUCCACCUUCAUCACCAAAGACCUGUCGGGAAAGAUGGCGUCGGCGACUGCCUUCCCUUGUCCUGUGUGUAGGAAGAUGACACAGCCUGUCAACCCGUCGGAGGACAAGGAGAAAUGGGCUCAACAAUUCCCAGCCAAUGUAAUAGUAAAAGAUCUGGUAAAGCCCACAGCACUUGAGCCGAUGUUCUGUAAACCUUGUGAGAAGAAAGGGAAACCUGGGACUCCAGCCACGAUCUGGUGUAAAACUUGUAACGUCUUGUUCUGUACAACAUGUAAAGUCGAUUAUCACGAUUUGAUUCACGAAGGAUGUGAAACAAUGGACGUAAAAGGGAAGAAAGGAAUUACUCCGAGACAAGUAACAGAACAGAUCCGAUGUGAAAAACACACGAAGAAGAUGUGUUAUUAUUGUGAGGAUCAUCAGAUACUUGGCUGUAGUAGAUGUAUCACCAUAGACCACAGACGAUGUGACGUAGUGACAACGACACAGGAAUACUGUGACAAACUGAAGACGGAGUCACGACUGGAGGAUCGAAAAGAAUCACUACAGAAGACAAUGGAGGAUAUCAAGUUGCUCGUCAAAACAUUUGGCGAGAAACUUCAAAUCCUCCUAGAAGAUCAAAAUUCUGGAUUUGAUGGUAUAACAGAUUUACGAAAACAGGUCGACCUACGUCUUGACGCCAUGCAGAAGGACAUCACAGACAAACUGGUAUCGUCUUAUAAACAAGAAAAGGAAAAUCUGGACUUGUCUAUUCAGAAAUGUGAACGUCUGAUGUCAUCCAUUGAGAACACAGUAGAAAGCUCCGAGACAGCAGUUCAGAGGAAUGAUAGCGUAAACACAAUACUGAUGUAUCAGAGAGGCCAGGCGGAAAUGGAAUCCUGCCAGAACCUGAUCACGGAAAUAAGGAUGUCAUUCUCCUCUAUCAGGAUCAAGCAUGUCGUAGAUCCGAGUCUUCUCAGGUUGGAUGAAGAUAUUCCACUGUCAUUGGGAAACAUCACAGUAGUGAAACAUAUAGAACCGCUACCAGACGGAAUACGUAGUGCGCGACCCUUGUCGGAAUGUGAUGUAAAAGAGGUAUGCAAGUUUAGCAUUAAGUGUACAUCAGAUAGAAAAGAUUGCACUUCAUUUGGUGUUGUUUAUUUAUCGGACGAUCAUAUUGUUCUCGGAGAUUAUAGUAACAACAAAAUCAAGCUGUUUACAGCUGCCGGCAAAUUUGAGGAUGAAGUCAAAGUUGAAGGUAGGCCAUAUGACAUGUGUCGUAUCGACGAUCACACAGUAGCGGUCGGUAAUUACACUAUUCCUGUUAUACGUGUCUUCAGGAUUGAGUCAUCAAAAUUAACUUUGACGUCAGAGAUAAAGAUGUCAAAUGGUAUACAACCUAGAGCUGUAACAUAUACAGGUGAUGAGUUUGUGGUGAGCUCUGUGAAUCAACUGUACCGUGUACAACAGAAUGGGGACUCGGAAUCUAUUAACUGUUCCGUUGUUAACUGCCUCCAUCUUGCGUAUGAUCCAGACACCCGACACAUAUAUGGCAGCCAAAACACAUCCACAAAUGGCGAUGUAGCUGUUUACAGACUUUCAGGUGGUACACGUUCAGAAAUGACUAAGGUCGGUUUGUUGAAAGGAGCACUGGGAUUAGACGUCGAUAUUGACGGUAAUGUGUACGUGUGUGGGCAGGCAUCCACUAACGUGAUACAGAUGUCAUGUGACGGUACAAACGUCAGAGAACUGCUGACGUCAUCAGACGGUGUAGACACACCAAGGGCGAUAUCUGUGUGUGGAACAAAUUUGUGGUUACAAAUGAAUCACGACAGAAAAGGAAUGAAGUACGCGUGUUUGAACUUUACUGAUCAGUAACUAUGACUGUAGGUCUACGAGCGAUUUCCUGCUCAAAUGUUAUGUGACAUUCAGUACACGCAUUGAGAGCAGGGAUCAUAUUGUAGAGCAUGAAGCAAUAUCAAUUUUAUAUCGUGUUAUUGUAGACUCCAUCGACAGUAAUUCUGAUGACCAGGAAAUAAUCAUUGUGAUGUUUGAUUUAGAUUCCCAACACGUAUUUCGGUUGAAUAUAUGCACAGACGUUAAACAUUUACUGAAUAUCUGCCAGCUGAUAUUACAUAUUUGUGCUUUAUUUCUCUAUACUCAGUGGUGCCGUGACCAGGAUAUGGUCUAGAUAUAUGAACAAAUAUUAGCGUUAACGUUAUCACUCAUAACCGAGACAGAAUCCGGAAUUCAGAAUAUAGCAAAACAGUGGUUGAAUCAUGGAUAAAGAUGACGCCAUUGACUUCAUGAGUCUUCGUGAAUGAUGUUGCAGAACUAUUAAACAUGCUGGUCGUAUCUGACUCAUUAUGUACCAUAAUACACACCUCCGUCAACAUCCUAAAUUAUAAAUUCUGACAGCUAGUGAUUAGAACGUUCACUGUCAAAGGUCUAUUCCUUCGCAUUCUUCGCUUUUCCUCUUAAACCCAGAACUGUCCUUGUUAUUCUAAAUGUGUAUCACAUUUCAUCUUGUGCUGUAUUAUCUACAAAUUGAAAACGUUGGACUAGAAUUGUUUAAAUGUGUUAUAUACCUUACUGCUGUGCUACUUAGCCUCCUACUGUAGAACCUUGUCUUAUCGCUCGGUCACAAUACAUUCAGCAAUCCAUUUAUCCUAAAUUUAGAUCAGAAUGUGAAAAUUCUGAAAACCAAUAUCAAUUUAAAGAAAUGUAUAAACAUUACAAAUACAAACAAAUAUCAUAUCAAUAUUUCGAAAAAAAAUUCAAACACUUCAUGUAUAUAUCAAGCCCGGAAAGUAUUCUUUAGACCUCAUUUUCUAGAGGACAUGCCUUGAUAUACUUGACCCCGGCUGGGUGUAUUACUUAACACAUACAAAGGCAGAGACAAGAUGCUGUAAAAGGAGUUUAUUAUUAAUAAAUAUAUAAUGUCUAACACGGGUAUAUAAAGUGUAGAAAAGUUAAUAUCCCAACACCUGUAAUAUCACCAGCUGUCAAUAUGUGGACGAUGUUCUACCGUCUCCACGAUUCACGUCAUUUCCUGGGAGAAAAUAGUGAAAAUCAAAUGAUGUAUCAUAAUUGCAGAAUUGUAGCUGUAUUGUUAAAUAUUUGUCUUCAGCUGCGUGAAAAACAUGAAAACGGAAGAGGGCGCUCAAUGUGUGGUGACUGUAGUCUGUAGGGGGCGCUUAGUGAGUGGUUAUUGUAUACUGUAGAGGGCGCUCAGUAUAUAGUGAUGAUUAGUGUAUACUGUAGGGGUCGCUCUCUGUAUGCGGUAAAUAAGUAUGUUCCAGCUAACGCCAUCUUCACUACAGAAGUGGUGACCUUUAAUAAUAAUUAGGGAUAUUAUCAGUGUGUCCUUAUUUUAAUGAUUCUGAUAUCGUAUUCCAGAAGUGUCAAAAAGCUUCUAAACCACAUAUUAAAGAUAUUCAUUAGCAAGAUGAACAUAUUUUCUCUAAAGUCGAAACAUAACGUUAACAUUUAACACCAACAUUUACCUGAUGUAUUUCAGCCCGACAUUUUACGUAUUAGGCUAUUUUACUGAUGGUGGAAUAAUCAGAUAUGAUCAUAGCGGUAUUAUUUAUAUAGCAUGAUGAGAGGGACACUUACAAUGUUAUAAUAGAAACAACUAUGGACAUACAUCAAGAGGAAUCAGAAAUAUUGUCGAAUACAGACAAUGUUACGUCAGAACUGAUAAACACAUUCUAAAUACAAUAAACAAAUAGUCAUCAAUAAAAUUCAUUAUUUUGUGUACUCAACAAGAGGUUCCACUCUGACAAACUCCAGAGUGAAAUAAUCCAUCUUAGUUUAAGAAUAUUUGAUAACUUCUCCGUAGCAUUUUCACACUUGUACAGAUCAUGUUGUUCAUUGUAAUGAGUUUCUAAACAUUUUACAUUUUUAAUAAUUUUUGAUAAUAAAUUGGAUACAGCACACACAAAAAUAUUUGUUGUGAAUUAGAUUACAACUUUUGAAAAAACAUUGUAAAUUAUUUGCGUCAAGCUUCUAUUAAGUUGAUAAAGCUUUAAAAUACGGGGACAUGUGGUUGUGAAGGACGAGUAAAGCUCUUAACAAAACUGGUCGUCCAUUGAGAAGGUGAUUAAGGCCAUGAUGAAGGGGUAACAUUUUCUUGUAUCUAACAACAUAAUUCUACAAGAAACUAUAUGUACAUGUCCUCAAAAGUCUUUGUCCGUCUUUCGUCUGUCAAUCAAUGUCCGUCGGUGUGUUCCUCCAUGGUAGUUUCUGGUCUUUCUUUUUUUUUCAUGAGAAUGGUCGAAAGAGUCAGGUUCUAAAACAAU